CCCAGGCACUAGAUAUCUUUAUCUUCAACGCCCAGGGAUAUUCAACAUGACAGAACAUGAUUCUGGUCGUACUGACAGCGUUGCAGAAGUUUCUCGUUCAACAUCAGCUUCUCUCAAUUCUGCAUUAUCCACACCCUGGACCUUCUUUCAUCCCACAACUGAGCUCCAAGCGUCUAUAACCGGAUUGGCCAAACAUUUUCUGGACCCUCUUGCUCUUUCAAUAAGCAAAAACCAAGAAUUUCAGCAAACACAGACCAAAAAACGCAAACGGUCCAAGGCCGAUUCAGACUUUGAGGAUCACUCUUUACAAUUACAGCAGCUCUACGUGGAAGGGUUCAGUCCUGAACAAAUCUGGGAGCAAGCACUGAGAAUACUUGAUUCGGCGGAUCGGUGGCUUGAGAGUGAUUACGUCGAGAAAACUCGCUAUGGACAACUGCCCGGACUAGGAAAGGCCGAAUUGGACUAUGCGACAGUGGAUAGUAACAACUCGGAACAUAGCGAAUUGGCGAGUCUUCCAGAUAGUCACUCCGAUGGCUCGGCUACCAGUGAUGAAGAAGCCGCCGAAGAUUCUUACUCGGAGCUUACAGACGCGUCUGAUGAUGACAACUUGGAUCAUCAUGAGGGCUUUGACGAAACUUCAGAUGAAGAUGCCGCCUCUACCGAAUCUAGUAAACGUGGUAAUGAUUUCCACACAUACACCGAGGACGCCUUUGGACUGAACGAUGGAUUUUUUUCCAUUGAUGAUUUCAAUAGACAAACAGACGUCCUGGAAAGACAAGACAUCAAAGGAGGCACGGCUGAUAUGGAGAGCGAUGAGGAGGAUAUCAAUUGGGAUGCUGAUCCUCUCACUGAAGGCUCGGGGCUGGCCCCGAGGAGAGGAGCCACGCCCGAAAAAUUGACGAUGGACGAAGAUGCUAUGGACGACAGUGAGGACGAAGGACCGACAUUUGAUAGCGCCAACGUCGAGGAUGAUUCGGAUUCAUCAGAAGUCGACUUGCAUAAUAAUUCACUAGAGGAGACAGGGUGGACAAAUACCAGUGACAUCAAAUACGCCGAUUUCUUCGCACCGCCUCCUCGAAAAGUGUCGGUCAAAGAUUCAAGACCGUUGCCGAAGUCUCAGCCAAGUACAACAAUUGAUGACAACGACAUUGACAGGGCAAUUGGCGAUGUCCGACGUGAUUUACUUGAAGACGACGAUGAGGUUUCCGGUGAAGACAGUGAAAUUCCUAACCAUGGGGUGGAUGGCCCUCAAACCCAACGAUCGUCUCAUGAGAAACAGCGGGCACGCAUCGCCGAUGAGAUUCGUCGUCUUGAAACCGCCAAUGUUGCGAAGAAGGAGUGGAUGCUUUCCGGAGAAGCUAGAGCCGUCGAGAGACCAAUCAAUUCUCUCAUUGAAGAAGAUUUGGAGUUUGAAAAGAUAGGAAAGCCUGUCCCGGUCAUUACUGCAGAAAUUUCUGGCGACAUUGAAGAGCUUAUUAAACGUCGGAUCGUUGCGAAAGAGUUCGAUGAAGUAAUCCGUCGCCGGCCCGGUGUCUCUGAUACUCGAGAUGCGAAGAGAGGGCGGCUCGAUAUUGACGACACUAAACCCCAACAGAGCCUCGCUGAUAUCUAUGAGACUGAUCAUGUUCGAGCUACUGAUUCUAACUACGUUGAUCCAAAGAAUCAGAAGUUAAUCCGUGAUCGUACCGAAAUAUCGACUAUGUGGAAGGAUAUCAAUUCACAGUUGGACACGUUAUCCAAUUGGCAUUACAAACCGAGAACUCCUCAAGCAGACAUCAAUGUUGUCACAGAUGUUGCGACAAUCAUGAUGGAAGACGCCCAACCUACGACUGGGAGUGCUGUGAACAGCCUGGCAACAUUGGCGCCACAUGAGAUUUAUGUACCUGGCAGUGACGGAAGAGUUUCCGGAGAGCUUGUUUUGAAGAAUGGGGCAUCUAUUUCUAAGGACGAAAUGUCUCGCGAAGAGAAGGCCCGACUUAGGCGGCGGCAAAAGAAGCAGAAUAAGGCGGACGAUUCUCAACCCAAGCAGCAAAGCGCCAAAGUUGCUGCAAAAGAGCAAAUAAUGUCGGAUUUGAAAAAGGCCGACGUUAAAGUGAUUGGGAAGGAGGGCGAAGUCACAGAUAUCCAUGGCAAACAAACAUCUUCAGGGAGGAGGAAUGGCGCAGAUACACUGAAGCUCUAAGGCCGAGCUGUGUACUUGGGGGAAUUCUCGAGCUUCUUAUUGGGUUGUGGAAUGUGGUUUUGCAAAUCUGCCUGUAUCUUCAUUCUAUUUAUCUAUUUAA